CCUGGUGUUUGGACCAAUCAAAUCACAGCAUGCACUCGACUGGUAUCCGAAGGAGCACCUCUGAUGGCUGAAGCCCGAAUUUUUAUGUAGUUCCUCGAGUAAUAGGUUUUUUUAUACAAAUUGUACUAUGCGUUUGUUGCUGGGCAUUUUAGCCCUAGGGUUUUUGGGAGCUGUGUGCUUCGCAAGGCCUUCUGAUCAUUUCCGACACUCGCUUAAAGACGACUCAGAAAAGACUCUGAUUCGUGUUUUACGCUCAGACUUGGAGGAGGAGGAGCCAGCAAGACAUAAAAGAGUGCACAAGAAGCGGUCAUCCGAUGAAAAAUUCCAAAGAAAAAGAAGAGCUGCGGAGGAAGACGAGUUCUUUCAAGCUCUUUUGUCGCGCUCUGGCAAAACAAAAUCCGAGCAAAAGAGAUCUUACGAUGAUAAAGGCGCCGAUAACAAAGGUUUUAUCAUUCGUGACGAUUGGAAGGGAGAUUCCAAGAUAUCCGACGCUGAUCGUGCAGAGCUAGAAAACCUGUUUAGCGCAAUAAACUCUCCCCAAGAAGAAGAGAAAGAAAAAAUUGAAGAGAAACGAAGCCCAAAAGACGAUAAAAUGAAAAAUCUCGUCGAGUGGCUCGUCAGCCAGCCACCAAAGCAGUUCGAGAAAAGCUUGGACCACAUGGUAGACUUCGAGAACUAUGUUACCAAACAGAUAUUCAAUGGCGAUGAAGGAGGGAUGAAACUAUCAGACAGUGCUCCCGCCCCGACGAAUAAAAGCGAGAAACAAAGCGAUGAUGCCCUGUCCGAUGCCGCAGCCAAGAACAAGUUCUACGAAACUCGCUGCUACGAUAUUAACGUCGCAGGCAUCAACUGCCGCAUCAUCUCCCACCCUCCGAAAAUCGAUACAACGGGAGGCAUGCAAAUGGCGCAACAGCUAUCAUACCCUCCAUAUACCGGGCAGGUUCCCUGCUUGCCUUCCUCGUGCACGCCCCAGAACCCCUGCAGUCCGCCUGGGUGCACCCCGCAGUACUCGACAUCCGGGUACCCACAAGCUCCAGGAUACCCACAAUCCUAUGGGAGCAUCCUCCCACCUCAGAAUAUCUAUCCUUGGCAGUACCCAGGGGCAGUUAACCCCAUGGAAAGACCACGCCCUAUGAGUAAUCUCCGACACCACCAACAUGGGGCACACCAUGGCCUUAAACACGAUACCGAGAAUGACGCGUCCGGCAGUGGCAUGCGUGAACUCACCAAACAGAGAGAUCCCAUCGAUCCCACCGAGAUCGACCACGAGUAUGUGUACGAGGGGCCUGGGUCCGAGAAAGCGGUUGAGUACGAGCAUCCUCACUGGAUGCACCACAGGAAGACCGCCAAUGGUCCCGACGGUGUAGGUUUCGAAGGAGAAGGCAUGGAGCCUAGCUCUGGAGGCAAAUUCGUCAAAGGUAAAAAGGGAAAAGGAAAAGGGUUUCCCGGAGUGAAAAUGGAAACCGCAAAGAACGGUGAAGCUUACGGCCCAGUGACACUCAACACUCUUGGCGCAACCGUCCACAUCACGCCAUUCAGCUUCAGUUCCCCUGGGGGUCCUCAGAUGACUCCUGCGCAUAUCGGCAUCUCAGCACCGCAGCCCUCAAUAGCGCAGGCUCCCCUGCUACCACAGGCACCCCAGUAUCCUCAGAUAAACCCGUACGCCUUGUCACCACUCCCCUCUCAGUCUGAUGAAGAAGCCACCCUCGACCAGCAGCCACAAGUUAAAAAUUUCGAGCCGCUUCCAAGCGACUGUGAGGGGUACGCUGAGGAGAGGUGCAAGGUCUUCCUCGACUGGCCCACAGAUGAAAAUAACGAAAUCAAAGCUUCUCUGCGCUUCAAGCAAAAUUGGCAUCCGGACUACCGCAAGCGUGGCUCAACCAAGUAUAAGAUCAUAAAAGCCGAGGUUGAAAAGGCGCUGAAAGAUGUCUACAGCUCCGACCCCAACUUUGUGAAAGCCAAGAUCACCGGAUUCAGCGAGGAAGACAUGAAGACCACAGCCAGCUUUACACUCAAGUUCACGCAAGCAGAGAACGGUGCGUUGCGUUACCUGUCACGCGCUAUCAAUGCCAACUACCUACAAAGCAUGCCGGUCUACAGCUCCACCCUUCUCAGAGAUGGACUGAAGCACACCCAUCGUAACAUCAUCCCGAGCCAGAAGGAGCUUGACACCCUGCCUUCGCCAGUGGCCGAAGAGAAAAAGCCUUCCAAGAAGCAGAGCAAGCACAAACUUCUGGACGAGACCUCACCAGCAUUCCAGGGUUGCUACAGGGACCGCAUGCCCGACCGUGAUUUGCCUGUGCGCUUCUCCAAGUUCGACAUGACCCCUGAAUGGUGUGUCGGUCGGUGCAAGCUCGCAGGGUACAAGUUUGCUGGUCUCCAGUACGCCUACCUCUGCUUCUGUGGUAACAGGUUCGGCAAUUACGGCGCUGCUAGCAUAACAAAGUGCUCCAGCCGCUGCUACGGAGACAAGAACAGACACUGUGGGGCUUUCUGGCAUAACUCUAUCUACUCUAUCGAUGGCCAAAAGCACCAACUAGCCGAGUUUGCCAACCAGCCUGAUGAUGACGAUGAUGACGACGACGAUGAUGAUUCUGGUGAGCAGGAUGCCGUCAAGAAGCUUAACGGACCCGGACAUGCUGAUGUAGCUAACCAUCUCAUGAAAGCUGCCGAGGCCGCACUGAAAGCUGCUAAGAAGCUUCUACCACAGGGCAGGAAGAGCAAGAGAAUGGUGGACUCCGAGCUCGAAAAAGACAAAUCUGAUGCAGUGGCCGCACUUGGAGCUGCACAAGAGCUGAUGAACGGAGAAAAGGAGCGAGACAUCCAGAAGCGAGAGGCAGAGGCGGAUGAGGGACGAAAUCUACUGGUCGCUUUCCUCGGGAACGUCGGGGGCUAUGACAGGAAGUGGAGGCGUGAUGUGGACAGCCAAGAGGAUGACAAGAGCAAUGCGCGCAAGUUCGAGUACCGCCGCAUGGUGAUUGACGAGUCUGGCGAUGGCGAGUUUGUGGAGAAGGAGGAGAAAGAGCAGGACCGCCGUAAGCGAGACAUCGUCUCCUGGGACAAGGAAGAGUUUGAUGGACCCAGAAACAUGGCGGCCAGAUCGGUUGAGACACCAGCUUCCAUUCGUCGCGAGAAAAUCGCCAAAAAAGCCUCAGAUAACAAACCUCAGGAGGUAACCCAGCAAGUGGGUGAUUCAAAGAACGACAAACCCCAGGAAACACGGUCCACGGUUAAGACUGUGAAACCCGCAGUAACUGAGGAUAAACCCAAGAAAAAGAAAGAAAAGUCCGCUGUAAAGGAAGACAAAGUUACAAAAAAGGGAAGGAACCCCGUUUCUAAGGCUGAUAAACCCAAGGAAAAGGCAACAAUAGCCACGAAAAAGGCUGACAAGGGAAAGAAAACUGUGGAGCGAAAGACACGCUCCAUUCCCGAGGGAGAUGUGGUGCUCAGGAGAAGAGCACGUGACGUUGAGGAUGAUGAAGAAGAAAAAACCAAAACUGAAAGGAAGAAGCGACACGUACAAGAACCUGCACAGAAGAGAAACAUCUGGCUAGAUGACAGCAAAGUGGAUUCCAUCAAGGAAAACACCGAGGCAAAUGUCAAAAAGACGGUGGACGAUGAUAUGAUCUUUAUCUUGAAGAGUGAAAAGCCGUUUGGGGCUCUUCGCGACUCGAUGAUCGCACUGAAGGAAAAGACCAUAAAAAAGUUAGAGGAACCAGACAAUAAACUACCAGCUAAUCAACUACCAGAGGCGGAGGUGAAGGUCAGAAAGAUCAUCGAAGACACAUUAAAGACCGAAAUCAAACAGUUCUUUAAGACCCUCAAGGGUGUGUUAAGUGAGUACGGACAAUCGCACGCCGCAGUCGCUCCCCAGGCCAGCGAAGCGGAGAAAGCCAUCCUAGAUAUUCCAGUCACUCUAAGCGACGUCCAAAAAGUCAAGGCACAUCUCAGAAAGAGACGCGAAGUCAUAGAGGCCGAGGCAAAGGCUGAGGUCGAAAGCCUGCCUAGUAUCUUGAAAGAACACUUCAAGAGGAAUACAGACGUGCAAGAGGGACACAAGAAAAAAAGACGCAGCUUACACAAGCAGACAAAGAAACACUCCAGGAAAUCGCACUGAACAGGACGAAAUUAUGCUGAGAGAUGAUGCAUUUAUUUGGCCCAAGGCAACCCAACCCAUCUUAGAUGUGGAGGGCAUUGCGGAACUGAAUAUAUAGAUCAGCAGCACGGAGGGAUCUGCAAUCAUGGACGUUAUUUGAAUUUCAAAGAUUUUCAGCUUUCCAAGUAAAGUGCUACUUUUGACUACAACAAGGGGCUAAUUUAUUCCUUUAGCCCGGCGACUCCAGCUCUAGGGGGAUUUGACAUUUUUAACGAGAAAAUCCUGGCAUCAUUUAUGAUCGCAGCGAUUUCUAUUUGUAAGUGUUAAGUGUUGGUUUGUUCCUUAGCAUGUACAUUAUAUUAGCUGCUGAAAUGUGUAUGGGUAACCAUAGCAACACAGGUACAGUAUGACUCCAUGGUAACGAGGUUACCAUAGUGACAGGUAGACUGGUUCCCAGCACUUGUAAAGCAUUCAAUGAUUUCCUCACUUGUAUUAUAUAAGAGAAACAGCAAUAAAUCGAUUGUCAACUUG